AUGGUCCCUCGUCUUGGGCCGCGUUCUCCACCUUUGCUUCCUCUCACCGUCCGUUUCUCACCGCUUCUCCUGAAUCCCUUUUCGCUGCUCUCGUCCAUCGCCUCCAUUGGCGCCUGCGUUUCUCUCCCGACCAUGGCGCCGCCCGCGGGCCGUCCCCUCGCCGGCGAUGCCGACGCUCGCCUGCGGUCGUUGCGAGGAGCCGGCAAGGACGCGGCCCAGCCAGCGUCGGUGCCGAAAAAACCUGUGAGAACCGCGCUGGAAAACGGCCGCUUUCUCUGUUACAAAUGCAAGACAAACUGGGCCGUCUGCGAUGACCGCGAGAAGAGCUGUCGCCAGUGCUUUUUGAGUCUCGUCCGCUCCACGGUCAUUACAAACCUCGGGAAAGUCGAGGAGGCACACCGGCAAGUCCAGACGUCUGAGCAAACCGGAGGCGCGGGCGACGGGGCCAAGGGACAAAUCCAAGAUGCACUGCUCGGUGAAGAGACACAGCGUAAGCGAGGAAGCGAGGAGGGCGAAGGAGCGACGCGUUUUUGCCAGGAACAGGGACAGACAGCGAGAGAAGCCGGAAGAGCGACGACAGCCGAAGACGAGGACCAGAGGCGCGUGUGGCACGUAGCCGUGUCGGGGGGGGCCGCGUCGCUUGCGCUUGUCCACGUCCUCAGAGACCACCUUCUCGAGAGACGACGAAAGUGGGAACGGAAGAAAGAAGGCCGACUGCGGAGACUGGCGCUGGCCGAGCGACAACGAAAAGCGGACGGCCCACAGAGCAGAGCGGCUUCCUCGGCGUCACCGACUUGUACGCCGGACACGCAGGCGGAGCGCGAACCAUCAUCAACUCUUCCAUCUUCAUCGUUUUCGCCUUCUUCGUCGUCUUCUUCGUCUCCGUCUUCUUCGUCGUCUUCUUCGUCUUCGUCUUCUUCGUCUUCGUCUUCUUCGUCUUCUUCUUCGUCUUCUUCGUCGUCUUCAACGUCCUCACAGGAGUCUGCGGCUCUGCCGCUGGUAGCUGUUCAUGUCGACGUUCAGUCGUUUUUGCCUCCUGGUCUCGCAUCCUCUCAAGGCCGACAAGAAGGGAAGAGCGAUGCGUCUUCACCUCUCGUCGAGGAGUUGCGGGGGAUCCUUGAGGGUCUGGGUGUCCCCCUGCGCGUUAUUCGGCCGACGGCCGCGUUAUACGGCACGUCCGGUUCCUCCUUUCCCACGCGCGCGUGUCCUGCGACUUCCUCUGAGUCCCCUUGUUCGCACUGCUCGUCUGUAGCUGCUUCACAAGAGGAUCUCGAAGCGGCCUUGCGCGCGCAUCUGCACGCUGUCCUCGCUGAGGACGGCAACGCCUUCGAGACGUUUCUCCGGGUUAUCAUCUUCCGGUCCCUGUUCCACUACUUCCUGCAUACGCCGUCGCCGCAUGAAGACAGACUUCCCGCUCCCUGUGAACAGAAGCAAAAAGCGCUGGAAGCCCAGAGCAAGACCAUCUCACGCAGCGUUGAAACUGGCCAAGAGAAGGAGAGCGAAACGCACCGGAGUGUCCUCCGAAAACCUGCGCUCCUGUGCGUUGGAGACAACAGCACUCGCCUCGCGGUCCGCCUCCUGCUCAAGGCGUGCCAGGGCGACGGCCUCACGCUUCAGCAGGACGCCCAGCUCGUGGAUCAUCGCCUCCUGCCUACCUACUCCCUCGUUCGCCCCCUGCUGUCGAUCUCCGCGAAGGAGGCGGCUCUGUACUGCCGGUACGCCGGCGUGCCGUUUCUCUCCACACAGCCCUACAGCCUUGUUCUUCCUUUCCAGUCUCCAGCUUCUCCCCUGCAUCCUCUGUCCACGCUCACGUCUCAGCCGCCCGACGCAGAGACGCUUCCAACGGGCUCGAAAGCUCCUGCCUCUGACGCUGCGCUGGCGGCGCGCCCCUCGCCGUUGAGUUUCCUCAUUCGCGCGUUCCUCCUGGACCUGCAGAGGAAUUUCCCUUCAACUGUUUCCAACGUACUGAAGACAUCGCAGAAGGCGGCGCCUGUCUCGGGUUUGUUCUCUCUUCUGUCCCCCGGCGAGGGCGAUUGUGUGGCCGCCUUCUCGUCUCGCGAAGGGGACGCGUCUCCGUCUCCCGAGAGGAAAAACGGAAGUGCGGGAAACGCGCCGGUGCCUGUCGAAUGCGAGGACAGUGGGCGAAAAGACAACUCGCACGGAGAGGCACAAGUGCGGCCUUGCGCUCUCUGCUUCCACGGCGUGUGCGAUCCCAGAGCGUUCGCUGACGAAGGGCUCUGGGACACGAAUCAGCGAAUGGUUCUCUUCACAGUACCGCAUACCGGAAAAGAACUUUCCCCUUCCCUCUCCCCCGGUCGCGUUCCUCUUUGCAUGCCUUGCGCUCGCGCAGCGUGCGCGGGCCCAGCGAGUGCAUCUGUCGCCUCCACUGUUUCUUCGGUUUUCCUUUAA